AUGACCAAAGACAUACCAAACUACUGUAACAAUGAAGAUCCCGGUGUUGUACGCAUCUUCAUCAUAAGACAUGGUCAAACGGCCGAAAACGCGGCGAAAAUACUGCAAGGACAUCUCGAUACGGAUCUGAACGAUGUGGGACGGGAUCAAGCGGAUAAAUUGGGUAAGUACUUGGCGGAAGACCGUCAAAUCAAGUUUGACAGGGUUUACACAAGCGACUUGAAACGCUGUCAGCAGACGUUGAAGCAGAUUUUGACGCAUUACGCUGAAAACCCCGAGAUCAUAGUGCAACCGGGAUUACGCGAAAGAGCCAUGGGUGUGAUCCAAGGGAUGCACAUCCGUGCUGCUGAACAAUAUGCUGCUGACCACGGGAAAACUUCGUUCCGAGAAUUCGGUGAGAAACCGGACGCAUUUCAAGAACGACUCACGGGUAAUGUACUCACACUGGUUAAGGAAUCUGAACAAGAUGGACUGGAGAAUAUCGCAAUGAUAAGUCAUGGUGGCUCAAUCCGGCAACUUUUGAAAUGGCUCAAUUAUACGGAACACGACAUUCACAAGAUUAUCGUUUACAACACGUCUGUUACUAUAAUAGACUAUAUUAAAGAUACUGCAACGUUUGAAGUUAAAAGAGUCGGUAAUACUCAACAUUUGGGGCAAGGUGAGUUCAUUGUUUCGGAUAUGAGGUUGCGCUAG